AUCAGAAUAAUAUUAAUUUUGGUGCUUGAAACUAGAACUUUCCAGACUUAUAAAGCUGCCCCUGGCCCCUUUGUUUCCCCCCACUAUCCUCCGAAGAAACACACGCAGAUUGCAGAGGAGAAUAGAACCAUCGGACUGGACCAAUGGGGCGUGGAAAAGUAGAGCUUAAGAAGAUUGAGAACACGACGAGCCGCCAAGUUACCUUCUCCAAGAGGCGGAUGGGGCUGCUCAAGAAGGCAAAUGAGCUUGCCAUUCUUUGUGAUGCGCAGGUUGGGGUCAUUGUUUUCUCUGGCAGUGGCAAGAUGUAUGAGUACUCCAGCCCUCCAUGGAGGAUUGCAAAUAUCUUUGACAGAUAUCUGAAAGCCCCCAGCACCCGAUUUGAUGAGAUGGAUAUCCAGCAGAAAAUCAUCCAUGAGAUGACAAGAAUGAAGGAUGAGAGCAACAGGCUAAAGAUCAUCAUGAGACAGUACAUGGGUGAGGACCUGGAUUCACUGACUCUGCAAGAUGUGAGUAACCUUGAGCAGCAGAUUGACUUCUCUCUGUACAAAGUUCGUCUGAGGAAGCAGCAACAGCUACUUGACCAGCAGCUGCUCGGGAUGCGCCACAGGGAGAUGCACAUUCCAGAGGACCAGGGUAACUACAUGUUCCACAUGAAUCCGGUGAGGGAUCAGCAGGUCCAGGCAGCAGACAUGAUCAACCCGAAGCUGUUUCCAAUGUGGGAUGUUGGUGAGCACAUCUACGGCCAGGACGCCGAGUCCUCCAUGACGACUCUGAAGCUCUCACCGCAGCUGCAAGAGUACAAGCUCCAGCCGCUGCAGCCCAACCUGCAGGAGACCAACAUCCAUGGCUACGUCCUCAGGCUCUGAUUCCUCAGGACACACACAAUGGAAUCUAAUGCAACUGAACUGAUUAAGGAUGAUGAGCAGAGCUUCCUUGUCUGAAUCUGCUAUAGGGCUGUGUUCUAACCAGCUUAGAUUAUCUUACUGCACUUUGUGUGUUAUCAUUGCACUGCUAGAUUAUGUUUGGUGAUGCUUGUAAAUGUGGUGUAUAUCACCUGUUUUAUGUGUCUUCAGGAACCACUUAUAUGUAUCUGAAUCUGAUAUAGGGCUGUCUUCUAACCAGCUUAGAUUA